AUGGCCUCCGGCUUGUUUGACGUCGAGGUCCAUCGACGGAGGGGCUUUCAUGUGGGCAAUUGUGGCGCCUGUGGGGCAGAUUCCACCAGACGACCAAAUCGCCAGAACCUCCGAACGAGCCUGACUUGUGUGUUUCUGGGUCACCCGGACUACCGGACGACCGGCCUACAAGGCACCUCUUCCCAAUACCCCUUCGACGGCCCACCUGGCGUUCACCUCUCCUCCUGCGGUAGAAGUCAGUGCCAAAGCCACCUGCUCACCUCCUCGUCUGCCGCCACCGCCUGA